CCCAACAACUAGAGCAAAGUUCCCGCCAUCACCAUGUUAGCUCUCCAUGGCUACUUCCCGAAAACCCUAUCCCCCUACCCUAUUGGAACCCCCAAAUUGGAAACCUCGAUCGUACUGUGUAAAGAUAGGAUCUUGAAGGUCAAUUGCUGCAACCCAAAUCGCCAAACUGAGAGGGGCAUCGAAUUUGAUAUUGGAGGAGCCUUCUAUCGCCAUGAAAGCUCCACAGGGCGCGACUUGGGCAUUUUGGCCGCUUCGGUUGACAGGCAAUCGAAAGGCGGCCUACGAGUGCUCGACGCGAUGUGCGGUUGCGGAAUCCGGUCGUGUCGGUACUUAAUGGAAGCGGAGGCGGAUUUCGUGUUGGCGAACGAUGCAAAUGACGAGUACAGGGAUUUGAUUGUGGGGAAUUUGAAGCAAGUGGAGAGAGACGAGACGAGAUGGGUCGUUUGUCAUUCGGAAGCGAAUCGAGUUUUGACAGAGCGUUAUUUGCAGAGAGAUUUUUUCGACUUGAUCGAUAUCGAUUCGUUUGGCAGCGAAUCCAUGUUCCUCAGGUCUGCAAUGCUGGCUUUGAGAUUGGGCGGAUUGCUUUAUCUCACCAAUACUGAUGGCUACUCCUCUGGCGGUCACCGGCCUCGCCAUUCAUUGGACGCAUAUGGAGCAUUUGUUCGUCCUCUGCCAUUUGCGAAUGAGAUUGGUUUGCGAAUGCUUAUUGGAGGGGCGGUGAGGGAAGCGGCAGUUUUAGGCUAUCAUGUUACGCCAUUGUUCUCUUACUAUGCGUACCAUGGACCAGUUUUCAGGGUCAUGCUCAGAAUGAACCGUCCGAAGAUUCUCGAGAAUAGGGACUAUGGUUUCAUCGGUUACUGCAACCGCUGUGGCCAUUCUCAAGCAUUUUCGUGGGAGGAGCUUGGCAAGAUUGGUUGCUCUUGCUGUAACUCAGAGAUGACCACAAAUGUCUCUCAUGGACAUUGAUGUAGGGAUCUCGGCAGGGAUUUGUUGUGUCUGGACCAUUAUGGAUAGGCCCUCUCCAUAGUUCCGACUGCAUCACACAAAUGCUGGACUUAGCAGCAGAAUGGGGAUGGGUGGGAAAUGGAGCAGGAGUUGAACUUGAAAAGCUUUUGAAACAUAUGUUGGAUGAAAGUGACCCAAGGUUACCACCGGGAUACAUCAAACUGGACGAGAUGACAAGACGAGCAAAAAUGAAUGGCCCUCCAUUGAGGAUGUUGAUGCGCACCUUGCAGGAGAUGGGAUAUGCUGCUAGCAGGUCACACAUUGCUUCUAGCGCCAUCAAAACCGACUGUGGAAUGGCAGUCCUCACCAAGCUUGCUAAGGAGCUCGUGAGCGUCCCACAGAGUUAAUGAAUUGGACAGUUUGCUUUCGAACUCGUGAGCCUUGAACAAGACAAGAUUAGUUGGAGUUAUUAUGAUUGUUUAUGUGAAGACUACAUACAUUUGACAAGAUAUAUGGAGAAGAAUAUGACCACAUUGAUCAUAGUAGUCGUCAACUAACAUAUGUGGCAUGGCCAAAGAGAAGCUUUCCAUGGCCAUCUAGCUUUGUUUCAGUUUUAUUCACUAACUAGAAUCAAUACCAGCGGGGUAGAGUUGUGGCAGCAUGAUUGUAUUGUGGUCAGUUUAGGUAAUGGCAAACUGGAGACUGUUGUGCUACUGGCAAUUGUGU